CCUUUGCCGACCUAGCCGUCAUCAGCAGAUUCAGUGACGAAAGAUUUUUACAACAAACAAGUAGCAGCAAUAAUGGCGGAGAAUAGAGCUAGUGGGAAAAAGAUCACCAUUAUGGUGAAAACACCCAAAGAUAGAAAAUCGAUAGAGAUCGAAGAUGAUGCAGAAAUUAAAGAUCUCAAGGCCAUUGUCGCGGAGAAGUUUGAGACCAACCCGGAGCUGGUGUGUUUGAUUUUCGCUGGUAAGAUCAUGAAGGACACCGACACGCUCAAGACACACAACAUCAAGGAGGGUUUGACGGUGUACCUGGUCAUAAAGGCGGCCCCCCGUGCGGAUGCGGAGAGUGCGCGGCGAGCGCCGGCGGAUGUGUCGCAAACGCCGUUCGGAUUGAAUCAGCUCGGCGGUCUCGCCGGACUCAGUGCGCUCGGCGGCAAUCAGACCAACUUCAUGGAUUUGCAGUCCCGCAUGCAGCACGAGCUGCUCGACAACCCCGACUUGAUGCGCACGGUGCUGGACAACCCGCUCGUGCAGCAGAUGAUGAACAACCCGGACACGAUGCGCCAGAUACUGACCUCGAAUCCGCAGAUGCAGGAGCUGAUGCAACGCAAUCCGGAAAUUUCGCACAUGCUGAACAACCCGGAACUGCUGCGACAGACGAUGGAAUUGGCUCGCAAUCCGUCGAUGUUGCAGGAGCUGAUGCGUUCGCAUGAUCGUGCCAUUUCCAAUCUGGAGAGCGUGCCGGGCGGGUACAGUGCAUUGCAGCGAAUCUAUCGCGACAUCCAGGAGCCGAUGAUGAAUGCCACCUUCCGCAAUCCGUACUCCGGGACCUCCGAGUCGGGCAGUACUAGCGGAGGCGGUACCAAUCCGCAGCAGGGCACCGAAAAUAGAAGCCCUCUGCCGAAUCCGUGGAGCAGCGCUAGCAGCGGCACCGGUAGUGGCAACCGUGGGGCAGCCGGAACCGGCAGUGCUGGCACGGAUGCUGCCGGAACUCCGCUCGGACUGCUCAACACACCGGCGAUGCAGAGCUUGCUGCAGCAGAUGAGCGACAACCCAUCCAUUAUGUCGAAUAUGCUGAAUUCGCCGGCUACCCGCAGCAUGAUGGAAGCGUUGGCCGCCGAUCCGGCCAUGGCCGCGAACUUGAUGAGCCAAAAUCCGCUGCUGGCCAACAGCCCCGGUCUGCAGGAGCAGUUGCGCACGAUGAUGCCCCAGCUGAUGCGGCAGAUGCAAAACCCGGAAGUGCAGCAAAUGGUCACCAAUCCGCAGGCACUGAAUGCGAUCCUGCAGAUUCAGCAAGGAAUGGAACAGUUGCGCUCGGCCGCUCCCGGCCUAAUGAGCACGAUGGGCAUUCCGCCGAUGCCGGGUGCACCGCCGUCAACUACCGGCUCGGGCGGUACGGGUGCCACGAACACGGCCAGCGCGGCUACCACCGCAACGGGUGGCGCCGGUGCACAGGCGUCGAACAACGAUGCGCUGUUUUCGGAGUUUAUGUCCCGCAUGAUCAACGGGAUGGCAUCGGGUACGGCUGAUACGAACAUUCCACCGGAGGAGCGCUACCGGCUGCAGCUGGAUCAACUGACGGCGAUGGGAUUUGCUAACCGUGAAGCUAACCUGCAGGCCCUGAUUGCUUCCUUCGGCGACAUCAAUGCGGCGAUCGAGCGAUUGCUUGCGCUUGGCCAGCUGUCGCUAAGCUAACAAUGUGCGCCCCUCAACUGAACCGGUGAGCGAAACGACUAGGGAUGACCUUUGCUAACACGUUGCUUCAAUAUUUUUGUGUCCGAUUUGUAUCGUUUUGAGGGGGGGGGGGUCCAUUCUUCCCUUUGAGGGAAAGGAAGGGUACCACACUUUGGAUCCGUACGCCGUUGUGUGCAAUACACCUGUCCCACGCCGUGCAAGAUGUGUUUGUGCACACCAGGAAUAGUAAUCUUUGCAUAAUAUCGCAAGCAACAUUGAACAGCAGAAGCGAACGUGUACGAGCAUUUCCUUUUUCUUUCUUGUUUUCCUCUUCUAUUACAUCUGGUAAAGGAUAUAUAUAUGUUUCCAAUCGAACGGAUCGGAGAAAAAAGGGUAGUAAUUAUUGAACGGAGACAAUGAUGGAAAACAGGACAUAAAUUAGAUAUUCUUUAUAAAAAAAAAACCUAGCACACAAUUCAUUUUCCGCAGCAAUUGUUAGCGGAUCGUGACGCUUAGCGUUUCUGUUUGUAUUCUUCAUCUGCUGAUAGAUGAUACUCACCGAACGGCAUUUGCUUUAAGCGUAAUGAGCAACAAUGUCCUUUCCUUUUUUGAUGUUGAAAUUUCCUUUUUUGAUAAAUGUCCAGCAAUGUGUCGAAAUUAGAAACUGACUACAGAGAACUCUAGGAUCACCGUAGUACCGUCAAUGUUUGCCUGCAAUGUGCGCCGUUUAAUCGCAUCUUUAUUUUUGACCAGUGUUUCUGCAUACGGCCGAUGGUAAACACAUUGUACUAUGGUUAUGUUUUAUUGUACUACAAGUGGGGAUAAAACGGAAUGUAGCAAAAUAUGGUGGUUGUAUGGUAGUGAGAAGGGUGGAUUAAUGGUGGAUAAUGAUUGAAAAAAAAAAAACACAGCAAUUGGGAUUAGCAACAAACUCCUAGUUCCAGAAUGCUAUCGAAAUAAGUCGCUACAAAAAAAUAAUAAUAAUAACACACCUACCCACACAUCCUCCUGUUCUUCGUCGUUAUUCAAUGUAAAACAAUGCAAAACAUGCAGUAAACACAUUUAGAACACGCCUCUGGAAUCUGGGCGCGUACAGCGCGCGCUGCGCACACAACAAUACACUUUUAUCUUGCUCUGACUCUUGAAACACGAAUAGAAAAUUUAAUGAAAUAAAAAUGCCAGCGAAAAAUGGACAGCAAAAUCAAUAGAUUCGAAAUGAUAAGAUUUGUGUGCGUGUGUGUGUGUGUGUGUGUUUGUGGAUAGCGAAUGCAAAGCUGCUACUGCUGUGUCUACUUUCUCCCAUCCAUACCUGCGUCGAUGGAUAGAUAUACCUAUAUACAUAAACAUAAAGUACUAGUAUAUUCAAUAAAAAGUUAAACCAA